UCAGUUCUGGCCCUGUCCCCAGCCCGAGAGAGGAGGGGAAGAGCGGCGGGCGCUGCCCCAUUUGCUCACAGUGCCUUGGUUGGCCUCGGGAGGCACCGGGUUUCUUCAGCAAGGGAUCUGGGUGCCCAGGGUGAAGGCGCGCGACGUGGAGGGGCAUCCACUGAUGGUGCGCUCGGAGGGACUCGGGUUACCGCCGGCUUGUUUACUCGAUGGCUGCCUUGGCAGUGGCCUCUGCCUACUUGCCCCCCUGGGCGCCUCUCCUGGUUCCCACAAGCUCCUCUCGCAGCACCUCAGCACUCGCACCAGUGUGGUUCUUCUCGUGCCUGUGCCCCUUCUAUGUCCCCAGUCCUUUCCUCCUUCCUAGUCCCCUCCUUACUCCCUUCUGUAACCUCUAACUCUGCUAGGGUGCCCAGUUUCUUUAUGCCCGCAAUUUCUACCCCUGCUUCGCAGACCCUGGCCCCAGUCCCUGCUCUGGGUGUGAAGGGGCGGAAAUCUCAAGAUCCCUCUGUCCUAUCAAGGAAGUGGAUCAAAAAGAUUCUUCCUCCUAGUGUCCUGUUAUCAGCUGCCUCCCCCCCCCCCGCAUACAUUCCAGAACUGGGUGGCCAGAGAGACACUUUCUGAUAUAGAAGGAGGAUGCAUGUGAAGGCAGCGCUCAGACACACACACACACACACACACACACACACACACACACGCACCCUCACCCAAUCAUCAUUCAGAGCAUGCGUGCCACACACCCAUGCUCCUGCCCACCGCAGGCUCACACCCCGCUGUUGGGUGACAUCCUCACUGAGGCCUCAGGGAUCACUGCAGAGGGGUGACAAUUCCACGAGUCCUGGCAGCUGGCUUGGCCUGGAGAAGACAGGGUUCUGGGCUCCCCUGAGCUGUACAGGUAGCGGGAGCAGAGCAAGCCAAGGCCCCAGCCCUAAGUUCGUGGUACAGAGUGGGGCAUCCGAACUCAAUUGGAGUGUGUAGAACCCAGCGACCCCAGCCCAGGUUGCGAACUGCGUUCAGGGGCACCCAAGGGAGGCGGAGGGAGGAAUGACUGGCGUCGCUCCCAGCCAAUGGGAGCCCGGGGCUGCACUAGCCUGCCCCAUUCCUGCCGCCUCCGCGGGGCGUGGGCGGGGAUUCCGCGGCUGCUGCGGUAUUGCGCGCGCCCGCGGGCGGGCGAGGCCGGCUGCGGCCGCACAAGCAAGCAGGCCUGGAGCAGAUACUCCUGGGACGCAGUGGGGUCUCCCAGUCUCUGAAGCCACAGUCUGCACAGAAGGCUCACAGAGCCAGGGCGAAUGGGGCCUUCCUCUCGAGGGCUAGCAGGUUCCUUCUGAACCUGUAGGGUCCCCGCACAGUCUGGCCACCAUGGCACGUGGUUUCGCAGUGGGCUUCGACCCACUGGGCCUCAGAGACCUAAGCUCCGGCUCUCUGAGCUCCCUCUCCUCCCGAGGCCACCUGGGCAGCGAGUCGGGCUCGGCAACGCGAUACCUGCUGAGGAAGCAACAGCGGCUGCUGAAUGGGCCCCCCCGCGGAAUCCGAGCCUCAUCGCCCAUGGGCCGCGUCAUCCUCAUCAACUCCCCCAUUGAAGCGAACAGCGAUGAAAGUGACAUCAUCCAUGCAGUCCGAGUGGAGAAGAGUCCAGCUGGGAGACUGGGUUUCAGUGUUCGGGGUGGCUCUGAGCACGGCCUGGGCAUCUUUGUCAGCAAAGUGGAGGAGGGGAGCAGUGCAGAGCGGGCUGGCCUGUGCGUGGGGGACAAGAUCACGGAGGUGAAUGGGCUGAGCCUGGAGAGCACCACAAUGGGCAGUGCCGUGAAGGUGCUGACGGGCAGCAGCCGCCUGCACAUGAUGGUGAGGCGCAUGGGCCGCGUGCCGGGCAUCAAGUUCUCCAAAGAGAAGACUACAUGGGUGGAUGUGGUCAAUCGGCGGCUGGUGGUGGAAAAGUGCAGCUCGACACCGUCCGACAGCAGCUCAGAGGACGGCGCACGGCGCAUCGUCCACCUCUACACGACCUCUGAUGACUUCUGCCUGGGCUUCAACAUCCGAGGCGGCAAGGAGUUUGGUCUGGGCAUCUACGUGUCCAAAGUGGACCACGGUGGCCUGGCAGAGGAGAAUGGCAUCAAGGUAGGGGACCAGGUCCUGGCGGCCAACGGUGUCAGGUUCGACGACAUCAGCCACAGCCAGGCGGUGGAGGUGCUGAAGGGCCAAACGCACAUCAUGUUGACCAUCAAGGAGACUGGCCGGUACCCUGCCUACAAGGAGAUGGUUUCUGAGUACUGUUGGCUGGACCGACUGAGCAACGGGGUGUUGCAGCAGCUGUCGCCUGCCUCGGAGAGCAGCUCCAGCGUCUCCUCCUUCGCCUCCAGUGCCCCUUACAGCUCGGUCGAGGGCUCGGGCUCCCUGCCCUCUGAAUGCAUGGAUGUCUGCCUGGGGCCUGAGGAGCUGGGCAGCCGGGACCCUGGCUGGGGGCGGGCGGACACGGCCAUGCAGACAGAGCCCGACGUGGGGGGCCGUGUGGAGACCUGGUGCAGCGUGCGGCCCACAGUCAUCCUCAGGGAUACAGCCAUCCGCUCUGAUGGCCCCCCACCCACACGCCGCCUUGACUCCGCGCUCUCUGAGUCCCCCAAGACUGCCCUGCUGCUGGCCCUCAGCCGACCCCGGCCUCCCAUCACACGCUCCCAGAGCCACCUGACUUUGUGGGAGGAGAAGAAGCAGCGGAGGAAGGAGAAGUCGGGGUUCUCUGGGGAGAAGGGGGCCCUGCAGCGCUCCAAGACCCUGAUGAACCUCUUCUUCAAGGGAGGGCGGCAGGGGCGGCUGGCAGGGGAUGGGCACAGAGAGGCCUGGACGCUGGACAGCAGGAGCCCAGCCAAGCCCCGCCCCCGCCUGGACCUGGAGAAAGCAGGUGGAGUGGGGCCCGUGCAGAAGUUUGUCACCUGGAGACUGAGAAGAGACCGGGAGAGGGGCCGGGCCCUGCUCUCUGCCAGGUCCGGAAGCCCCUCAAGCCAGCUGCCCAGUGUGGAUGAGCAGGUGCAGGCCUGGGAGAGCCGACGGCCUCUGAUUCAAGACCGCCAGCGGCUGCUGACUGACGACGAGGUGCUGGCUGUCACCCGCCACUGCUCCCGGUACGUGCAUGAAGGUGGAGUGGAGGACCUGGUGAGGCCCCUGCUGGCCAUUCUGGACAAGCCUGCGAAGCUCCUGCUGCUGAGGGACAUCAGGAGUGUGGUGGCCCCCACGGACUUGGGCCGCUUUGACAGCAUGGUGAUGCCUGUGGAGCUGGAGGCUUUUGAGGCCCUCAAGAGCCGGGCAGUACGGCCUCCUGCCUUGCGACCGGCCCGGCAGGACACACCGCCCAAGCGUCACCUCAUCACCCCUGUGCCUGAUAGUCGUGGAGGUUUCUACCUGCUUCCUGUGAAUGGCUUCUCAGAGGAGGAAGGUGAUGGGGAGUUGAGGGAGCAACUUGGAGGCCUCCAGGUCUCCCUGGCUGGCUCUGCCCCCUGCCACCCUCAUAAAGGGAUCCCCCCUCUCCAAGAUGUGCCAGUAGAUGCCUUCGUCCCAUGCCGAAGCACCUGCACACCCCCACCACAACCACCCCCUGUUGCUCCCCGGCCCCCAAGGCCUAACUGGCUGCUGACGGAACCCCUGACCCCAGAGGACCCUCAGCAAAGCCGGAGCCGUGCCCCGGCCCAGAGCCGCAGCCGCAGCCGCAGCCGGGGCAGAGGCAAGUCCCCUGGACGCAGGCGGUCCCCAUCCCCGGCCCCUGUCCCCACUUCUGGCAUGGCCAACGGUCGCUACCACAAGCCACGGAAGGCCAGGCCCCCUCUGCCACGACCUGUGGAUGGGCAGGCAGCCGAGGCUGGGGGCAGUCAAGGGCCCUCUGAGAAUGGACAUAGGGGGACAGCUGAAGAGGCAGCCACGAAGAUCCCUGGUGGGGAGCUGAGAACCGUCACAGUGUCCAAGCUGAAACAGUCCUUGGGCAUCAGCAUUUCCGGGGGCAUCGAGUCCAAGGUGCAGCCCAUGGUGAAGAUAGAAAAGAUCUUCCCCGGGGGCGCCGCCUCCCUCAGUGGGGCCCUUCAGGCUGGCUUUGAGCUUGUAGCUGUGGAUGGAGAGAGCCUGGAGCAGGUGACCCAUCAGCGGGCAGUAGACACCAUCCGCCGGGCUUAUCGGAACAAGGCUCGGGAGCCCAUGGAGCUCGUGGUCAGGGUCCCCAGGCCCGACCCACUACCCUUAUUCGCAGACUCAUCAGCCCUCAUUGAUCAGGGGCCUCCCGGUGACCGUUCCCCUGCCCGCUGACCCCCCCUCCCCCUGCCUCAUGGUAUUCCAGGACCUCCCAUUAAUGCCCUUCCCACCCAUACCCAGACCCCUCCCACUGAUGCCAGGCUUCUCCAGCUGACCCUCAGCCCAGUCCCCUCUCCAGGCCUCCAGCCUCCGGAUACUAGUUCCAGACUCUCCCCAGCUAUCCUAGAACUCUUCCUACUGACUCCAGAGAAUCCUGCCAUCCCUCCACCUCACCUACCAUUCUCAAGAUUCAGGAACCUUCCACUCCCGCUUGCCUUGUCUACUCCCGAAGCUUCACAGUGGUGGUUCAAGAUUCCCCCACUUUCUCCCUCCCCAGUUGUCACUAAAGCUCUACCCAUUCCAGAUAAACUUGGUGUCAAGGACAAGGUGCUACUGGGCAGCCUGUGUCACUCGCAUUCCCCCAACCUUCCAAGACAGGAAGUGGGUGGAGAAUCCCAAGGUCUGGAGCUUGGGAUUGGUGUGCACUUUCUCGUGAUCUCCCCCAAAAGUGAGGGACACAGACUCUCAGCUAGGGCCCUCAAAGGGUCCCUGCACCCAGCCCCCAGUAAUGUUCUGUGCAAGGGACAAGAUAGGAGGCUUUCCUAUUUUCUCAAACCCUGAGGGACUGUUUCAUGUUGUGGUCCACGAGAAUCUCACACUUUCCGCUGGAUCUGUCCUCUUCCAUUGCCCUUUCUCCCUCAAGUCCUCUGAGGGGUAGGAGAACAGCCUGCAAAUAAAGAGGGUGUGGGGGCCAAACAAGUUCCCAUAAACUUUAUCCAGCACACUCAUCAUUUUUUAAAAACAAAAAAAUUUUUUUUAAUUUUUUCUUUGGGUUUGUACAAGAAAUUUACAAUGUGAAAAAUAUACAAGUGAAAAUGACGCCAUAAACCUGGGUGUGGGGCCACUUGGUCACAAACACAAAUAAACAAGACAUUUGUGAGUUC